AUGGACAGGGAGCCCGGGGAUGACUCGCGGGAUGUGGUGGCGCAGAUGGUGGUGAACAAGCUGAAUUCGGCCGGGGACUUCCACGCGCUGGUGGACUCGUUGGUCUUCGCAGCGGUGUCGGUCCUGACAGCGCUGCUCCUCUUUAGUUUCCUGCGCCCGGGUCCCGACCCGGGCGGGUCGGGCAGCUCACCUGGCACGUAG